AAUCAACGUCUUUUCCCUUCCAGCCAAAGCCCAUGAGUUCUUAAAGAGCAUACUUAAAUCAUGGAGCCAAGUGAUGAAAAAAUGACUGAGCGAAAGAUUGCAAAUGCCAGCACCAUCGAAAAUGAAUACGAAGGUGGGACAGAUGCUGAAAGAGCCUUGGAAUCAGAAGAUGGGAAAGUAACCUUCAAAACCAAGCUGGCCAUCUUUACGCUUAUUGUCAUGUAUGAAUCGUACCUGUUCACCCAAUUGAUGCCCGCUUCACUUCUUGCGUAUAUCAAUGCGGAUCUUGGUCCAGAUACUAGAUACCCGUGGAUCGCUAUUGCGUGGAAUCUUGGGGCAGCUAUCAUCGUCACUGUGGGUAGUCGUCUUAGUGACAUUGCUGGGCGAAGAUGGUUUCUCAUUAUCGGUGCUGUAUCGGGCGCUAUUGGUGCGUUGAUUGGAGCCACUUCUCAAUCCAUAACACAAAGCAUUGUCAGCGGCAUCAUAUUUGGUCUUGGUGGAGGGUUUCAAGAGAUGUGCUUCGCAUGUGCUCAAGAGCUGGUGCCUAACAAAUACCGCUUCCGCACGCUUGGAAUCAUGAUUUUUGCAAAUCAUGUAAGCUCUAUGUCGAUUCUAAUUGGCUAUGCUUUCAUAGCCUACACCAAACCGCGAUGGCGAUCCGUCUAUUGGUGGUGCUUUGCUUGGGAAGCAUUUGCAGCCGUCCUCCUCUUCUUUUGCUAUCAUCCUCCUACCUUCGAAACGAAACAUAAGGAUGAUCACAAGACUAAAUGGCAGUUACUUAAAGAACUUGAUUACAUCGGACUCUUGCUUUUCACUGCCGGCUGUCUGUUCAUACUCCUUGGCCUAAACUGGGGGGGUGGUCUGUAUAAAUGGGAUUCUGCCCACGUCAUCGCCACAAUCAUUGUCGGAGGUAUCUGCUUCAUAGCCUUGGGAUUCUGGGAGUCUUUCGUCUCACUGAAAUAUCCAAUCCUGCCUCCUCAUCUCUUCAAACGAUGGAGCGAGUUCACAGCUUACCUUGUACUUUGCUUUGUCGCUGGCAUGAUGUAUUACUCUCUAAGCGUCAUCUGGCCGUCUCAGUCGACGCUUCUAUUUAUCAAUACAUCGGAUACAAUUCUGCGAGGCGUGUACGCUAGUCUGAUCGCAUACGGGAACGUUGUGGCUGGAUAUUAUUGUCUCCUGAUCAUGCCCUGGGUCAAACACGAGAAGACACAGCUCGUCAUUCUCUUUUGCAUAGAGACUGCGUUCCUCGGAUCCAUGUCUUCGGUCGGCAUUGGUGAUAAGGCACAAGCUAUUGCUACAGUCAUUCUAAUCCAGGCUGUUAACCUGCCUCCAUCACCCCUGUCGUUUGGAAUGGUCAGUUUGCAUUUAAAGGAUCAGAAUGAUAUUGGUGUCGCGGUUGGUUUGAUCUCGACGUUUCGUCUCAUCGGUGGUGCGAUAGCGACGGCGAUCUACACAUCCAUUCAGACUUCGAAGUUCACUAGUAUCUUACCUGGAUAUGUGCAAUCUGCUGCUUUAUCAUCUGGCUUCCGUGGAUCCAUGACGGCACUACUGAAGGCAGCUACUGCGAACACGGCGGCGGCUUACAAGGCCGUUCCCGGUAUCAGCAAUCAAACUAUCGCCGCAACUCAACUUGCCGUUAAGGAGGCUCAUAUCAAAGCAUAUUCUCUUAUUUAUCUAGUGGCUAUUGCAUUUGGUUGUGUUGCUAUUGUAUCAGCUUUAUCAGUCAAGAGUAUCGAUGAGAGUCAAAGAAGCAAGCACGUUGCCGCGCAUCUGGAAAAUGACAAGAAAUACUUGGAGUCGGAGGGGCAAGAAGUGAAACCACAAUAA